UUUUUGAAUUGGCAAAACAAAAAGAAAAAGCAGAUAACUAAGAAUGGAUAGAAAUCAAGAAAUUGCAUUGACACAAAUGAGGAAAUCAGUUGAAAAACUUGGAUCUUCCACUGAAAGUUAUGGAGAGAAGACACUAAUGAGGUUCUUGAUUGCAAGAUCAAUGAACCCAGAGAAAACUGCAAAGAUGUUUUGUCAGUGGAAAAAAUGGAGGGCUGAAAUGGUUCCAAUUGGGUACAUCACUGAUUCUGAAGUUGCAGAUGAAUUAGCAGCUGAAAAAAUUUAUUUGCAGGGAUUAUCCAAGAAUGGCCACCCUGUUGUGAUGGUUAAAAGUAACAAACAUUUUCCUUCCAAGGAUCAAGUUCAAUUCAAGAAAUUUGUGGUUCAUCUACUGGACAAAACAAUUGCAAGUUCGUUCAAUGGUAGAGAAACAGGAAAUGAGAAACUUAUUGGAAUUGUUGAUCUCCAAGAUAUUACCUAUAGCAAUGCUGAUCUUCGUGGACUGAUCACUGGUUUUCAGUUUUUACAGGCGUACUACCCUGAACGCUUAGCUAUUUGUUACCUUUUAAACAUGCCACAAUUCUUUGUCACCGUAUGGAGAUUUGUUUGUCUCUUCCUUGAUAAAGCAACUCAGGAGAAGGUUAGGAUUGUUACAAGUGAAGAACAAAAGCAAGAGUUCAUCAGAGAGGUUGGUGAAGACGUCUUACCAGAGGAGUAUGGAGGGCGCGCUAAACUUGUACUUCUGCAGAAUGUUGCUGUGAACUACUAACACAAAGUAAAGGAAUAAUAGAAAUGUGAAAUAAGAUGAAAAAGAAUAGCUUCACAGACAUACUAAUUAGGCAUAAUGUAUAAACAUACACUCACAUUUGACCUCAGCUAGCAAGUAAGCACUCCAACUUCG